UCACUGUGUCAUUGUCAGUGUCACUGCCACCUGUCACUGUCACCUGUCCUUGUCACUGUCAUUGUGUCAUUGUCAUUGUCACUGAUGGAGUUUCGACACCUUCGUGCGCCACAAGGUCACUGCCACCGUCACUGUCACCUGUCAUUGUCACUGUCAUUGUGUCAUUGUCACUGUCACUGCCACCUGUCAUUGUCACCUGUCAUUGUCACUGUGUCAUUGUCACUGUCACCUGUCAUUGUCACUGGCAUUGUCACUGUCACUGUCAUCUGUCAUUGCCACUGUCAUUGUCACCAUCCCUGUCAUUGCCACCUGUCACCUGGCAUUGUCACUGUCACUGUGUCAUUGUCACUGUGUCACUGUCACUGUCACCGUGUCACUGUCACUGUCACUGUCACUGUCAGUGCCACCUGUGUUUGGCACUGUCCCGUCUCUGUCCCUGUGUCCCAGCUGUGUCACUUUGUCCCUUGUCCCCAGGUCCCUGUGUCACUCUGUGCCCUGUCACUGUCCCCUGCUGUCCCCAGGUCCCUGUGUCACUCUGUCUGUCCCUGUCCCCAGGUCCCUGUGUCACUGUCCCCUGCUGUCCCCAGGUCCCUGUGUCACUCUGUGUCACUGUCCCCAUGUCCCCUGUGUCACUCUGUCCCCAGGUCCCUGUGUCCCUGUGUCACUCUGUGUCACUCUGUGUCACUCUGUGUCACUCUGUGUCACUGUCCCCAUGUCCCCUGUGUCACUCUGUCCCCAGGUCCCUGUGUCACUCUGUGUCACUCUGUGUCACUGUCCCCAUGUCCCCUGUGUCACUCUGUCCCCAGGUCCCUGUGUCACUCUGUGUCCCUGUGUCACUCUGUCCCCAGGUCCCUGUCAUCGCCCUGGUUGGGAACGACGCCGGUUGGACCCAGAUCAGCCGCGAGCAGCUCCCCCUGCUGGGCAGCGCCGUGGGCUGCGGGCUGGCCUACAGCGAUUACCACGCGGUGGCGGCGGCUCUGGGCGGCCGAGGCUUCGUUCUGGACAGCGCCGGGGACAGCGGAGGGGACAAGGGAGGGGACAGCGGAGGGGACAGCGCGGGGGACAUCGAGGACAGGGUGGUGGCCGUGCUGAGGGCGGCGCAGGCCGAGUGUCACCGAGGCCACCCCGUCCUGGUCAACGCCCUGCUGGGCCCCAGCGACUUCCGGCAGGGCUCCGUGUCCGUCUGAGGGACACUCGGGGACACCGAGGGACACCCAGGGACACCGAGGGACACCGAGGGACACCAGGGGUCACCAAGUGUCACCAAGGCCACCCCCGCCCUGCUGGGCCCCAGCGACUUCCGGCAGGGCUCCAUCUCCGUCUGAGGGACACUCGGGGACACCGAGGGACACCCAGGGACACCGAGGGUCACCAAGGGUCACCAGGGGUCACCAGGGGUGUCACCGAGGGUCACUGAGUGUCACCAAGUGUCACCAAGGCCACCCCUGCCCUGCUGGGCCCCAGCGACUCCCGGCAGGGCUCCGUCUCCGUCUGAGGGACACCGAGUGUCACCGAGUGUCACCAAGGGUCACCAAGGGUCACCGAGUGUCACCAAGGCCACCCCCGCCCUGCUGGGCCCCGGCUACUUCCGGCAGGGCUCCGUGUCCAUCUGAGGGACACCGAGUGUCACCGAGUGUCACCAAAUGUCAUUGAGUGUCACCAAAUCUCA